AUGGUCCGCCUCUCCGUCCCGCUCACCAUCGCAGCCACGCUGAUCGCCAGCGGUAUGGCCGCAUGCUCAAAUACUGGGCAGGCGCAGAUGGUCACCUACGUCAAGCGAGCGACCAACUUGACCCAGGAGCAGUUCUGGGAUUACUGGCAGACCCAGCACGCCCCCAAGGUCGCCCCCUUGGCUGUGCACUUCAACAUCACGCGUUACCAGCAGAUCCAAGUCGGUGGCCAGAUUCUUCCCACCGAAGCAGGUUCAACCGUGCCAGCGUCUACCGUCCCUGUUGACUUUGACGGCAUUGCCAUGUUCCUGUACAAGUCUCCCGCCGUCCUCACGGCAAUGCUUUCUCACCCUUACUACCUUGCUGUUGUUGAGCCUGACGAGCAUGUCUUCAUCGACAAGGGUGCUUUUGGUAACGGCAUGGUCGCAACAUUUGUUGGUACCGACAUCGAGAUCGUUGAUGGGAAGCAGGAUGUGUGGGUGGGAAGUCAGGCUACGCGGGAAAAGUUUCAGAAAAUCUUUGAGUCGUACCUGUAG